AUGGAGAUUAAUUCGAAACUAAUCGAACUUCUAAAGAAAAGCAGCAUCAAAUUAUCAGCCACACGUAGCAAGGAUGAAGACAACGAAGACAAAUUAUUUAAACAUUAUUAUUCAUUGUGGGGCCACACUGCUUCUGGUGAUGAUGAUGAUGAUGACAAUGUGGAUGGUGCUGAUGAUAAUGAUAUUCCUAAUAAUCAAAAAUACGACAGCAUACCUAAGUUUUAUACCAAGUUGCCUCAAGCUAAUGAGCUGCUGAAGCAGAAGUUACGAGAUGAGGGCAGAAGUGCAUUCCUACAAAGAAAAAGUAAAGAUCUCUUGGACAAUCUGGAAUUACAACCAAAAGCGACAAAAUUUCUACAGACUAUGUGGUCACUGCUGGAGAAAUACAACAGUCCGCCAGUUCUUAGCAAUGAGCAGAUGCUAAACUACGAUGACUUCAAACUGGUAGCCAAUCAAGUCUCUAAUAAGUGCAAGCAGUUUUUCCGACCGUCAAUCUUUGCCAAACUCCUAACCGACGACCCAUAUGGUAGGAUAUCGACACUGCAUUUCUUCAACUACAUCAUGAGGAAGGUCUGGCUGCACCAGACGCGCAUUGCUCUCUCGCUCUACGAUGCGGCCGGCUUAGGAUUUCUUCGAGAAAAUGACCUGGAGAGUUACAUUCUCGAACUUAUUCCAACGCUACCUCAGUUGGACAGUCUCGACAAAUCCUUCUACUCCUUCUACGUUUGCAUGGCCGUUCGUAAAUUCUUCUUCUUCCUCGAUCCCCUCCACAUCGGAAAAAUCAAAAUUCAAGAUGUCCUCACGUGCACUUUUCUCAAUGAUCUUCUAGAGCUACGCGAUGAGGAAAUGUCUAAAGAACGGCAGGAGACCAACUGGUUCUCAACUCUCUUCUCAUUCAAAGUUUAUGGUCAGUACCUCAAACUGGACGUCGACCACAAUGGCAUGUUGAGUAGGGAAGAACUGUCCAAGUACAACAACGGAUCACUAACACCCGCCUUCCUGGAUCAAGUCUUCCAGGAAUGUUUAACCUACGAAGGAGAGAUGGAUUACAAAACUUACCUGGAUUUCGUACUGGCCAUGACUCACAGGGAGUGUCCGCAGUCCAUCCAGUACAUAUUCCGGAUCCUAGACACGAAGCAUAAAGGAUAUCUGGAUGUUUUCGACCUUAAUUACUUUUAUAGAUCGAUGCAAGAACAGAUUCAGCAGCACAUUCUAGAAACUGUUGUAUCGUUUGAAGACAUCAAAAAUGAAAUAUUCGACAUGGUUAGGCCAAUGAAACCGAAUCAGAUAACGUGCCAGGACCUUGUAAAGAGCGGACAGGCGAGUACCAUUGUUGGUCUGCUGAUAGACGUCAACUCCUUCUGGUCAUACGAGAACAGAGAGGCCCCCAACCUCAACAUGCCAACGGAGGUGGCCGACAAUUAG